AGUUGCGUGAGAGAGAGAGAGAGAGGGAGGGUGCUUGAUUUAUCUUCUCUCUUUACCGAUCGAUCGGUCUGAGAGAAAAAAAGAGUAAAGAGAUGAAGGGAUUGGUGAAGAAAGCUAUAGCUGAUGCUGCAAUCACAUGCAUGUGGGUGUUCUGCGUCUCAACCAUGGGGACCUUAACCUCCAUCAUUGCAUCGGCGCUCCAAAUCCAAGGCCCCAUCCUCCUCCUCCUCAUCACCACCUCUCUCAUCUCCCUUCUCGUCUUCUUGUUCAGUAUAAUCGGCCAGGCCUUGGGCGGUGCCAGCUUCAACCCCACCGGCACUGCUUCUUUCUAUGCUGCUGGUGUAGGCUCCGAUAGCCUCUUCUCCAUCGCUCUUCGUCUCCCUGCCCAAGCAGCUGGGGCAGUGGCUGGUGCCUUGGCAAUCAUCAAAUACAUGCCUCCACAAUACAAACAUAAGCUUGGUGGACCUUCUUUGAAAGUCGACUUACAUACUGGGGCCAUUGCUGAAGGCGUCUUGACCUUCCUGAUCAGCUUUGCUGUUCUUUUCAUAAUCCUAAAGGGCCCCAAGAGACUAUUUUUUAAGACGUGGCUUAUCGCCAUCUCCACUGUCUCAAUGGUUGUUGCUGGAUCUGGUUAUACGGGACCAGCCAUGAAUCCAGCCAAUGCCUUCGGCUGGGCAUAUGUCAAUAAUCGACACAAUACGUGGGAACAGUUUUAUGUAUACUGGAUUUGCCCCUUUGUUGGAGCGAUUCUGGCUGCGUGGGUUUUCCGCUUUAUAUUCCCUCUUCCAGCGAAGCAGAAGAAAGCCUGAGAAGAUGUAGUAAUGUGCAGCUACUUGUUUCUGAUGUGGAGAUAAACUCCACUGCUAGUCAGUGUGCACCAACUGUUAGUCCUUUUCAUUGAUUGCCACCGCUAUAAUCAUUUGGAAACCGUUGUAUGUCUAUUUCUAGUC